GAAGGUUUUAUUAAUUGUUCAUACUUAAAUUCUGCAAUCGAUGUGGGUAACAAACUAAAACAAUCCAGAGUCAAUUCUAAAGAUAGAAAUAUAUCAACAGUGGAUAUUAAUGUAUCAGUUCAUGAAAAAGAAAAGUGGGGCGAUAGAAUAAAAUACUUACAAUCUAGGAUCUCGAACUCAAACAAUCACACUUCAUCACCAUUUAUAUAUGAAGGUUGUAAUCCAAAAGAAUAUAAAUUUAUUGGUGGAUAUUCAAAUUUUGUUGGGUUGGUUAGAGAAAGGUAUCAAGAUUUAGAGCUUCCAAGAGAUAUUAAGAAAGAAGGUGGAAAAGAAUGUGAAGACG